AUGGAGUUUUCUAUGUUCAUGAAGCUUUCAGCCGUUUGUGAGACUAAGUUUCAUUAUCAGGACAAAAUUCCUCCCAGUGAUUAUGUUGUUGAUAUUGCAUCAAAUAUGCAGUUUUAUCCUGUAAAAGAUUGGUUGGCAGGAUCGUCCUUGCCUUUUAAGUUUAGCCCGCAUGUCAUCCAUAUGAUACUAGAUCAGCUUUCUCCAGACAAUGUGCGAAUCUUUUGGGAGUCGAAAUGUUUUGAAGGGCUUACUGACAAGGUGGAGCCAUGGUAUGGAACUGCAUAUUCCCUUGAAAAGAUCACUGGUUCUAUGAUACAGGGGUGGAUGGCUUCUGCUCCUGAUGAAAAUAUGCAUCUUCCAGCGCCUAACAAAUUCAUUCCAACUGACUUGUCACUUAAAACUGUGCAAGAAAAAGAGAAGUUUCCAGUUUUGCUAAGCAGGUCAACUUAUUCAGCUUUAUGGUACAAGCCAGAUACAUUGUUUUCUACACCCAAGGCUUACGUUAAGAUUGAUUUCAAUUGUCCAUAUGCUGGAAGCUCUCCUGAGGCUGACGUUGCUGGUUUAUAUUACAGCAUAAAUGAUACAGAUGGUGGUUUCCAGGUUACACUCCUUGGUUAUAAUCACAAGUUAAGGAUUCUACUUGAAACUAUAGUUGAACAGAUUGCAACAUUUGAAGUGAAAACUGACAGGUUUUCAGUCAUCAAGGAAAUGGUAACGAAGGAAUACCAAAAUUUCAAGUACCAACAACCUUAUCAGCAGGCUAUGUACUAUUGCUCAUUGAUCUUACAAGAUCAAACUUGGCCUUUGAUAGAACAACUCGACAUACUUCCUGCUCUUCAAGUUGAAGAUGUUGCUAAAUUUGUACCAUUAAUGCUUUCCAGGACCUUUAAUGAAAUUUUCUGCACAGGGAACAUUGAAAGCCAUGAAGCAGAGUCAAUGGUCAAGCACAUAGAAGAUGUUCUCUUUAAUUGUUCUAAACCUCUGUGCAAACCUUUAUUCUCAUCUCAACAUUUGGCAAAUCGGGUUAUUAAACUUGAAAAUGGCACGAGUUAUUUCUACCCUUCAGAAUGUCUUAAUCCUGAAAAUGAGAAUUCUGCUCUUGUGCACUAUAUACAGGUUGGUCGAGAUGACUUUAAGCUGAAUGUUAAACUUCAGCUUUUUGCCCUUGUUGCGAAGCAACCGACCUUUCAUCAGCUACGAUCAGUUGAGCAGCUGGGGUACAUUACUGUGCUCUUGCAGAGGAAUGAUUGUGGUAUACGGGGACUACAGUUUAUUAUCCAAUCCACAGUAAAGGCUCCUGGGAACAUUGAGCAAAGGGUCGAGGCAUUUCUCAAAAUGUUUGAGACCACACUUUAUGAGAUGACAAUUGAUGAAUUCAAGGUAGAUAUGCCUGUGCUAAUCCUUAGUAAUGUAAAUGCUUUGAUAGACAUGAAGCUAGAGAAACACAAAAAUUUGAGGGAAGAAUCAUCAUUUUUCUGGCGAGAGAUUGACGAUGGUACUUUGAGGUUUGACAGGAAAGACCAUGAGGUUGAAGCAUUAAGGCAGCUCACGCUUCACGAAUUGAUAGAUUUCUUCAAUGAAUAUGUCAAAGUUGGUGCACCUCGAAAGAAAACUUUAAGUGUACGAGUUCAUGGGAACAGGCAUUCUUCUGAAUACAAAUCAGAAGUCUCAGAACCACACUUGGCUAGAAUAGAUAAUAUCUUUACUUUUAGAAGAUCACAGUCUCUCUAUGGUUCAUUUAAAGGACUUUCUGGGCAGAUGAAAUUAUAG